AUGUCGCGCCGAUAUUACUCCGAACCUGCCGCAUACCUGGGCAAUGAACGAAUCCGCGAGACCACCACCGACCAUGGUGGCAGUCUCACCUAUCUACUCCUUAGCCUGUUAUCGAUCUCCGAACGCGUCGGCUUAUGUCUUUCCACGGCAACAGGUCCAAGCAACUCGUCCCUAGGCAGCAGUCGCCUUUUUGUCUUCCACCUGCUGCUGUAG